ACAUGGAGCCCACAGCCUCUCUCUCCAUUCUAGCCCUGCUGCUGCUCGGCCUCUCGCAGGCUGUGCCUCUCAUGGAGACUCAGCAUGUGGACAUCACAAGAAACAUUCUGACAAUCAACAACGGAUCCAGGGAACUGUUGGUGGAGGGAGACAUAGUUUUACCAAGAACCAGGAAUGCUCUGGUCUGCCCCAGCAACAACUGCUUUUGGAAGAAGUCCUCAAAUGGCUUAGUGCUGGUGCCUUUCACAGUGAGCAAUGAUUUCUCUUCCUCUGACAGGUCUGUCAUUGCCGGCGCCAUGGCGACCUUCCACAGCAAAACCUGCAUUCGCUUUGUUUCCAGAACCUUUGAAGCUGACUACCUCAGCAUUCAGAGCAGAGAUGGGUGCUACUCUGCAGUGGGCAGACAAGGUGGAGUGCAGGUGGUCUCCCUCAGCAGGAACGGCUGUGUGUACCACGGCAUUGCCCAGCACGAGCUGAACCAUGCGCUGGGUUUCUACCACGAGCAUACCAGGAGUGACCGUGACCGCUACGUGAGGAUCAACUGGGCAAACAUCUCACCAACAAUGCAGUACAAUUUCAACAAGGAGAACACCAACAACCUCAACACACCGUACGAUUACUCCUCCGUGAUGCACUAUGGGAAAACGGCUUUCUCCAUCAACGGGCAGGAGACCAUCACUCCUAUUCCUGAUCCAUCAGUGCCGAUCGGACAGAGAGUGGACCUCUCCGCCAUUGACAUCAAGAGGAUCAACAUUCUCUACAAUUGCUGA